GUGUGAGGAUUGUAGCUCUGCUCUUUCUUCAAUACAGCAGCUGCUCAUUCAAACGUUGCUCACAAAGAAACCAGAGCUGAAUUUCAGUUUACAUUUUGUAGGGGGAAAAAAUGGCUCCUGGUCUUAAAUAUGUGCGAUUUUUUGGUGGUUUUGUGUGUGGAGUUACUGUCAGCACUGGCGCCUGCGUGGCUGCAGUUAAACUGUAUCUUCAGCCUGGAGAGUCCACACAGGAGAAAGAGAGUGCAACGCAGAGACUCAUUAAGCUCUAUGGGCUCCCUGUGGAUGGCUCUGAGACCAGAUACUAUACCAACCACAUCUUGUCGUACGAUCAGAGCCGAAGGACACCAAGAUGGGUGGUUGAACACCUGUCUGAAGAAAAACUACUUGGAAAAGCAGAGAGAAAGCACUGCAAAUUCAAGCCAGACCCCAGCAUCCCAGAGCUGUUCACAGCACACAAUGAAGACUACCUCGGCAGCGGCUGGUCUCGAGGACACAUGGCACCAGCUGGCAACAAUAAAUUUUCAGAGCAAUCAAUGGCGGAGACGUUCUAUCUGACUAAUAUUGUCCCACAGAAUUAUGAAAACAACGCCGGGUUCUGGAACAGGUUGGAGAUGUAUUGCAGAGAGCUGACCGAGAGGUUCAGAGACGUGUGGGUGAUUUCAGGGCCGCUUACUCUUCCACAAACAGGAGAGGAUAAAAAGAAAAUCGUCUCUUAUCAGGUGAUCGGAAAAGACGACGUCGCCGUGCCCACUCAUCUUUACAAAGUGAUCCUCGUGAAGAAAGAUCUUUCGUCUGACGCGCUGGCUCUCGGUGCAUUCGUAGUGCCGAACGCUCCGAUCGGGUUCGAUCAUCAGCUGAAGGAGUACCAGGUGAGCCUCACACAGCUGGAGAGAAUGUCAGGCCUGACCUUCUUCCCUGAACUGCACAAGAGCCAGAGUGUGAAGAACCUUUGCAUGCUGGACUCCUGUGAGCUCAUGGACUUUAAGCGUUUCACGCUGUACAUUACCAGCCGUAAGGUGAGGGGGGUCAGAUCCUUGGCGAAGCUGGAGAAGAUGAUGACAGAGCUCAAGGAAGCCGGUAUCACUCCUGAUGAAUACUUGACUAAAAUGUACUUUGAAAAGAAACAAGAACUCUUGGAAAAGGAAAGCUCACAGGUCAGAUAAGGAUAACGACACUUUGAACUGCUGUGUCCUGGUCCAGGGUCAAAGCAUUUUUACGUUGCAUUUUUUUUUAUCAGUGUUUAUGGACAGUGAGAUUUAAGGCUCUCAUUUUUUUUUUUUACAGAUGUUUUAAAGGUUUCAAGAAAUCAAAAUAUUGACUUGAAUCAUGUUCUCAGGGAACAUUGAUAAAUAUAUUAGAAAAAAAUGCCCUCACUGUCUCAUUUGUCUGUUUCAUUUAUCAUUUUCCUCAUUUAGUGUGUUCAGCUCUUGUCUUGCUAUACAUUUGUUAACCUACUUAACAGAAACGUUUAAGCAUAUUUUUUGAUAUAUAUAUAUAUAUAUUUUAUAUUAGCAACGUUUGGCAUUUUCAUAUUGCAGAGGAAAUGCAGAAGUAGGUCAGCUGUUAAGGUUUUGUGAUAGUGACUGAAAGCAGAACCUGCUCUCCUCCCUCCCUCUCCUUUUCACAAAGGUGCCCAGUUUGGCUGUCAUCAACAAAAAAAAUAAAUAAAUGACAAGUUCUAUUUCCGUGGCUUUCAAAAUAUUGUUGAUACAUGGGGGGAAAAAAAAAUUCCCCUGAAACCUUGGUAUGCGUUAACAGCGAUUAUACCGUUUUGUAGCUCAGAACGUUUACGCUAUAGGUCCAAAAAUACGUGGACACCUGACCAUCACACCCAUAUGUGGUUCUUCCCCAAAGUGUUGUCAUAAAGGUGGAAACGCACACAUUUGUAUGCAGUAACAUUACAGUUCCCCUUCACUGGAACUAACAGUCACAAACCUUUUCUAGCAUGACAAUGCCCCUGUUCACAAAGCAGCAAGCUCUAUGCAGACAUGGCUUGCCAAAGCUGGUGUAGAAGAACUUGAGUGUCCUGCAUAGAGCCCUGACCUCAACCCUACUGAAAACCUUUGGGAUGAAGUGGAACACAGACCACGUGCCAGGCCUUUUUGUCCAACAUCAGUGCCUGACCUCACUAAUGCUCUUGUGGCUGAAUGAACACAAAUCCCCAAAUCCACACUCCAAAAUCUCACUGAAAGCCUUCAAAGAAGAGUAGAGGUUAUUAUAGAAGCUAUUAUGGGAUGUUAAACACAUCAACAAACCUUUAUGUUUGUAAGAAAAUAAUGAAUAAUUUAUUAUUUGUAUUUAUGUGAAACAAAUCAGAAUGUAGUCUCAUUAUUAUUAUUAUUAUUAUUAUUAUUAUUAUUAUUAUUGAUAUGCAACAUGUGAGGGGUCUUACAAGCUCUUCUGCAGUGGUGCUUUAUGGUCUCCUAGCUUUUCGACCCUCUGUGCUCAUGUUUAUUAAGAGGAUGUCCAGCAAUUCGGGGGAUCUUUCUGACGUUUUAAUACAACCACCACACACAUGCUGUAUGUCCUCAGCUCUUGUAGUCACCCUGUUAUUUCAUUUGUAUCUCCCUUGAGAGAAGAUCCUUUAACUGCCCUGGACUAAACAAUUGUGAGUUCAAAUUCUAGGAUUGCCAGAAAUCCAGUGUUGGGUUAAUGAACUGCUCCAGUGGGAAUGUUCAAUGGCUGACCUUGUGCUUCGAGCUAAUAGUUGGGAUACGCAGAAACACCCAACUGCUCUCUUGGGAAUGAACAAACUUAAGAAGUACAGCACUAACCUGUGUGACCUGUGUUGUACACAGGUCUUAUUUGACUUGGUGUUCUGGUGGAAUUGUUUCAGGAGAUGUAUUGGAGCUUAAAAUAAAUGGGGUCAUAAAUAUUUUUUAUUAGCAUAUGGCGCAAACGUAGCCCUCUAUUAUUGUGUACUUACCAGAAGUCAAAAUUAAUGCAAUGUUUGUGUUAUUCUAGUCAUUCUCUGCAUGUAGUGUUUAUAAAGUCUUUGGAAACUUGGAAAAUCUGAGAUGUUGGUUCGAUCCAUAUUUAGAGGUGCAUUUCUCCUAACUCUGCCUUGGUACAAUUUUUGUCUUUUAUUGCACAUUUUUUUAAAAGCAUGUGGUGAUUUAAAUGCAAAUAAUACUACCAGCCUGUGCACAAUUGAAUUAUAUAGCCUUUGUCCUAGAGGUCAUGAGCACAAGAAGGUCAGGGGUCAAUUGACUGUGAUACUGCAAUGAGUUGAGAAGUAAAUUCUCACUGAAUUUCACCUCGUGCUCAGUCAGAAGCCGUAUAAUAACAAUGCCAGAUUGGGAAACUGACUUCUAGACACUCGUGUGACACUCGUAGUUUACUCGUGUAAACUACUCGUGUCAAAGAAUGAGGCUUUCAAGUUAUAUCCCCCAUACGGUUUCUCUACAGUUGCAGUUUAAUUACACACUUUGCGUUGUUUUAUUUGUCAGUUGAUGCCAAGAAUAAACAAGAGGUCCGUAUAUAUUUAUUUGUUUGAAUUUGCUUUGCGUGUUUAGAACCAUGUUUUAACUUAGAAACGAAUGUAUCAUUACUGUAUCGCACAAAUUAAAAAAGUUGACAUGCUAACCUCAGGCAUCUGUUAAGCUGUCACAGAGAGAGAGAGAGAACUACAGUUGCCGUGAUUACGGUGUACUAUUUUCCUGGUUUCUCCUGUGAUUUCUCCACGGGCUGUGCUGCCUCAGCAUGUUUUAGCUCUGAGACAGUGAUCAAGCACUGAGCAAUUUUUUUUGCAAGCAAGUCACAUUCAGAAGUUUCUUUGCCAACAUUGCAACUUCUGCAAGAAAUUCUUUUCUCCUAUGAAAAUAUUUUUAAGAAACUAAAUAAAGUCACCUUUCUCAUAGUACACUUGUUAUAAAUAUUAUUAUCAAAUAGUAGCACUCCCCCUCGAUAUAAAUGUCAAAGCCCAGUGUUCUGUAUCGACUCUGCGACUCCCUCUCCGACUGCUAAUGAGUAUCACGUCUCCGAGCAAGUGUUUGUAAGUCACCGAUGGGCUUUCGGCAGAUGUUCAGUUCGCCAGGUGCAUAUUCAUCUAGUGCUAUAAAUCAAGGAAGGAUGAAAUUAUCAUGCCUGAUGAUGAGGCUGCUUUGUUAAACUCUACCUGGCUAAGAACUAGGAACAUGCACAAAAGGAAAGUCACCAAAUAAACUGUUGACAUUUAUUAAGCGCUCAGAAAGACAGAGGUAUGGAUAUCCGUGUACGGUGUGCUUCGAGGCAGUAAUCAAGCACUGAGCUUUUUUUUUCUUCUUGCAAGCAGGUCACAAGUUUGCAAACAAUGCAAUUUCUGCAAGAUAUGUUUUUUUCCCCCUUCCUGACAACUUUUCUUUCUUUCUUUUUUUUUUUUUUAAAAAGGUGGUGUAUUUCUGUAGUCCACCUAUGGAGAUACACCACUCUGGAAAGUAAACCCAAGUUAGAUAUGUUUAUUUUUUAUUUUUGUUCC